AACACCGAAAAAAAUUCUUCGUAGGUACAAGAAAAUUUGCAGUAAAACAAAAGACCAAAUAAACUUUUCGGCAUUGGUGAAUGAAAAGAAAAAAAAGGAUAGUUGACAGUAUAGUAGACUAGUACAAAAAGACACAAUUGGAAACGUACUUCGUCAUUGAGUCUUCUUCAAACAUUUUAUUUGGUGCUUGGAGUUUAUAUCGAGACAUUUGUGGAGACGUAAAUAAAUAAAUUAAAAGAAUCAACAAGAUGAGCAAGAUGUCAAAGAAUAAAUUGAAUCUAACAUUGCCACCUGGUUCGGUGGAUGCAUCGAAUCCACCAAAUGUUCCAACGCCACCAUUUAAGACACCAUCUGGUACAGAUCGUUCGAACUUGCUAAAUCAAUCGAAGGGCAGCAUUGAUACCAUCACACAAACCCUGGAAGAGCUUGAUGUCGAUGAACAUGCAUUGAAUCGAAUUAAAAUAUUUCUGAGCCAAAAAGAGCAGAUGGGAGAAAUUCGUGACGAAGAUUUGGAAAAACUCGGUGAACUUGGAUCGGGCAAUGGAGGUGUUGUGAUGAAAGUGCGUCACAUUCCCACCCAGUUGAUUAUGGCACGAAAAAUGAUUCACUUGGAACUGAAACCGCCCGUUAAAAAACAAAUCAUUCGAGAAUUAAAAGUAUUACACGACUGUAAUUUUCCGCAUAUUGUUGGCUUCUAUCGUGCUUUCCAAACCGAUGGCGAGAUCAGCAUAUGUAUGGAAUACAUGGAUGGCGGCUCAUUGGAUUUGAUUCUAAAGCGUGCUGGACGCAUUCCCGAACCAAUCCUUGGCAAAAUCACAUUGGCCGUCCUAAAAGGAUUGAGCUACUUACGUGAUAAACAUGCCAUUAUGCAUAGAGACGUCAAGCCAAGCAACAUUUUGGUAAAUAGCAGCGGUGAAAUCAAAAUCUGUGAUUUCGGUGUGUCCGGGCAGUUGAUUGAUUCCAUGGCAAAUUCAUUUGUUGGCACCAGAAGCUAUAUGUCGCCGGAACGAUUGGAAGGUGGUCAUUAUUCGGUGCAGUCUGAUAUUUGGUCAUUGGGAUUGUCCCUUAUCGAAAUGGCCCUUGGCAUUUAUCCAAUUCCACCGCCAGAUCCAAAAUUAGUAGACCAAAUACUCAAUGAAAACUCGAAUCAACCGCCACCCGAACCGAAAAUGAUGGCCAUUUUUGAUCUGCUCGAAUGCAUCAUCAAUCAACCGCCUCCACGAUUGGAACACAAAAGUUUUAGCCCCGAAUUUACCGAUUUCAUUGACAAAUGCUUGAAGAAGGAUCCAAAUGAACGUGCCGACCUCAAGACGCUUUUGGUAUGUGCUGCUUAUCCAUAUAUACGUUAUUUUAUUUGGAACAGUGGCUCUGCCAUUUGUGGUAUUCUAAUAAGACAGACGGAAUUAACAAAAAUUUCUCCCAUUCGCAGGAACAUCCAUGGAUCAAGAAAUACGAGCACGAGCACGUUGACAUUGCCGGAUGGGUGUGUAGCACGAUGAAUUUACCACCAUCAACCCCAAAUUAGAUAAGGGAAUUAAUUGGGUAUAUAUAUAAAUAUAUAUAAAAAAAAAUAAUUCAAAUAGCCUCAAAUCAAUAGCGUCUUUUUAUAAUAUAAUUGUUUCAUCCUUUGACUGCUUUAAAUGUUAACAACAAAAUUAGCCACAAAAUCAAUUAUUAUUGUAUAUCAAGUAAAUUUAAUUCAUAAGCACAUACACAAAGUGAAGAGAGAAAAAAAACAACAAUAUUAUCAAAUGCCAUCCGUGAUUUUAGCCCGUCAUUUCAGUUUUUUUUUCAGUGUCGAUAAUAAUAAUGAACUCAUUUCAAUGUCGAAUUUUUUUUUCUUCAUAUAUUGAGAUUACAACAUUUUUAAACGAUACUCAAUGCAUUUAUUUAUGGGGCUCACGAUAAAUGAUACUCAACCGAUGUGUAUUUGUGGAAAAUUAUCAUAUUGAAAAACAUAAACAUCACUUUUCAGCAGAGAAACAGAACACUUUUGAUAAACCUCUAUCUGAGUUUGAGAAGAAGUAAAAUUGUACUACACACGUGAUUCCAGUCAUAUAUAUGAAUUAGACAAAAAUAAUAUCUGCUUUAGCCAUAAAAAACAACCAUUUCCACCGCAGGAGAAAAAGAAUGAUUUAAGAAACAAUUGUAUUGAUAUCUAUUUUAAUGUCUUAUUUUAAGAAGUCUGUACUGCAAAAAUACAUAUAAACGUCGAGUAAUGUGAGUAAUUUCAUCAGAUGUAA